UAGGGAGGGGAUGUAGAAGGCAGAGGCGCCGGCCGCUCCUGGCACCAUGGAUGAUGCCGCGGUCCUAAGGAAGAAGGGUUACAUCGCGGGCAUCAACCUUGGCAAGGGCUCCUACGCAAAAGUCAAAUCAGCCUACUCUGAGCGCCUCAAGUUCAAUGUGGCGGUCAAGAUCAUUGACCGCAAAAAAACACCCACUGACUUUGUGGAGAGAUUCCUUCCUCGGGAAAUGGACAUUCUGGCAACUGUCAACCACCGCUCCAUCAUCAAGACCUAUGAGAUCUUUGAGACCUCGGACGGGCGCAUCUACAUCGUCAUGGAGCUUGGUGUCCAGGGUGACCUCCUUGAGUUCAUCAAGUGCCAGGGGGCCCUGCACGAGGAUGUGGCACGCAAGAUGUUCCGCCAGCUCUCCUCAGCCGUCAAGUACUGCCACGACCUGGAUGUUGUCCACCGAGACCUCAAGUGCGAGAACCUUCUCCUUGACAAAGACUUCAACAUCAAGCUGUCUGACUUUGGAUUCUCCAAGCGCUGCCUGAGGGACUGCAGCGGGCGCAUCGCCCUCAGCAAAACUUUCUGUGGGUCAGCGGCAUACGCAGCCCCCGAGGUCCUGCAGGGCAUCCCCUACCAGCCCAAGGUCUAUGACAUCUGGAGCCUGGGCGUGAUCCUCUACAUCAUGGUCUGUGGCUCUAUGCCCUAUGACGACUCUGACAUCAAGAAGAUGCUGCGCAUCCAGAAGGAGCACCGCAUCGACUUCCCUCGCUCCAAGAACCUGACGGGUGAGUGCAAGGACCUCAUCUAUCGCAUCCUGCAACCAGAUGUCAACCGGCGGCUGCACAUUGAUGAGAUCCUUAGCCACUCGUGGCUGCAGCCCCCCAAACCAAAAGCCAUGUCUUCUGCCUCAUUAAAGAGGGAGGGUGAGGGCAAAUACCGGGCUGAUUGCAAACUGGACACCCGGCCAGGCUCACGGCCUGAGCACCGUCCUGAGCACCGGACUGAGCACCGGCCAGAGCACCGGCCUGAGCACCGGCAGGAUCACAAGCCGGGGGCUAAAACCCAGCACCGGAUGCUGGUGGUGCCUGAGAAUGAGGACAAAAUGGAGGACAGGCUGGCUGAGACCUCCAGGGCAAAAGACCAUCAUGCCUUGGGAGCUGAGGUGGGGAAGGCAGGCUGUACCUAGGGUACAGAGGGCGGGGGGGUGGAGCGUGGUGCAUGGUGGCGCCCAAGUAAGCUAAGUAGGCAGGUAGGAGCUGAAG